CCUUUGCAUCGACAAUGGCAGACGAACGUAUUGUCGGCAUUAUUCGAGUUCCGUUGAAUGCCUUUACCUACCAGCCCGGUAGGGGAAGAGGCCAAGACGCGGCAGCCGUUAGGCGUCUUUCCCGCCUCUUCGGGAAGGAUUGCCGGCCCGACAAAUGGGAGCAUCAUAUCAAGGGCGAAAUCAAUGCCGCGACAUAUAACAGAGUAUUGCUCGCACUCGGCAUCUCCGAAGCCGAGUUGCGGAGCACCAUUCAAACAGGCAAAUACCCACUGGUACCUCUUCGGAGAUGCAUCCUCUGUCUUGAUGGACGGCAGAGAACCGCCGCGGCUCGAAGGAGGUUUGGGAAAAAUUUUUACUGGCCCGUGAAGCUUUACCGCAAUCCCAACGUAUCGAUCUUCUCGCGCCAGACCAAAUAUCCAGACGGCGAAAUCUGCUAUCGCAUCUUCAGUUUUGAGCUUGGGAAGACGGAUAAAGCCGAGAGUUGGAGACUGGAGCUGUCAGAAGACAAAGAGAAAAUCCUCAACCUUUUGCUCCGGAAGGAAAACGGGAAACUCAAGAACAAGGACAUCAUAGAAUCACUCUGGGAGGUUCUCCAAUUUCCCGGCAUGAGGAGAGGAUUCAAGCUCGGAAUAUGGCACAAGUAUCUCGCAUUACUCUGCUCCGAGAACUUGGUACGAUACGUCCGCCGCAUCUUCGACAUCUUUUUUUGGAAGAUCACAGCCGGCAAUCCCCCCCUGGUACCAUAUUUCGACGACGACUCUAUCAGCUGCGUACAGCGCCGUAAUCCCUCGAAUAGCGCCGAUAGACGCUAUAUCCGACGGAUGGUAGAUACGGGCCAAUUUCUCCGUGGCGUAAAAGACGCGUCGGUCCGGCAAAGGAUUAAACAAAACCUAUUCUCCCUCAACGUCAUUGUUCCUAGCUUCGAGACGUUGCACCAAAACAUGAUAUAUUUCUCGAUCGGGGCCAAGAUCUUGAGAAAAUAUAUCGUCGACGAUGAGCCCGAUAAGUUAAGGAGGAAUGGAGGCGACGCUCUGUUCCAGAGCCUACGUGCAUGUUGGAAACCAACAGCCGAGCCUAUCGUGGAGGUUGCGGAAGGCGUUGUUCAGCGUCUACUCUCCUUGAACACGGAAUUGGCCUGCUAUCUGCUUUUCCUCGACGGUCAGAGGGACUUUCCUCAUCUAUCGAACGACCCGCUGCUCCAAGACAGGCGCGGUGAGCCCCCCCCGGCAGCUGGCAAGGACGAUUGGUACGUCUUCCGGCGCCGCGCCCGAGCGAGACAACUUGGCUUUCGCACGACAAAAAUCAGUCGUGGGCUCGCCGAAGCGCCCCCGUUGCCACGUCCGAUGGAGUGGAAUAGGGAUACGCAAGCAAAGGACUGGCGAGGCGGAAAGCCAUCCGUUGGAAAUUUCUUUGACCUGCGGCGCGACGCCUUCCUGCCCACCCUCCAACAAGCCGGUUGUAGAAGAGACGUGACGGCAGCCUUCGUGCAAAAGGAUUUUAUGGAGGCCUUUUUCGGCCCUUGUUCGUACAUGACUGAAGGACCAGAAAUGCCAAUCAAUUGGUCUGCUCCGGGUGGGCUAAGCAUGCAGGUCGACGACGAGGAACAGGUCACACGAGACGCAGGUCCUGAGGAACCGAUGCAGGUCAACGAGACCCUGCUCUCUGCACACGGAGGUCAGGCCUCCAGCCUACCCAGCCAAACGCAAGAAGUUCGGCAUGAGCUUUCCUUCCCUAUGCAGGAGAUCACUCCGCCUCUACCUGAUGGGACGCAAGCGCCAAUACCCAAUCCAACGCCAGUAGACGUGCAAGCGUCAGUGCUUGCCGAGACACUUGAGACUCCGCCUCCCAGAGGCGAUCGGAACAGCGAUCGCAGGCCGCCCAGACGGCGGGAUAGCAAGCCACGCAGCAAAUCCCCCUCCUCCCGGACUCCCAUCUCCCGAAACCGCCGAGAACGGCCUAAAGCGGGGCCGCCACGGUCCCCAAUCUUGCCUCCCGGUCCUACCGGCCCAACAGCUACAGAAGAGCUAGCGAGACAAUCCCGAGCGCCUGAGCCCGUUGAAGUGCCAGAGAGCCAGAACACAUCACAAGAGGGGCCGGUACAAGAGCCGAUCCCAGGGCCGAUAGCCGAUCCCACACGGGACCCUGCGCGGUCUCAGAGAGCAGAAGCCCGACAUCGAGCCGAGAAGAGCAAUCCUAAUGAACGCUACAGGUCCCCCGUCCCCCGAAAUCCUAACUCUCGAAGCCGUCGAGAGCAGCCCAAAGUUGGGCCUCCACGAUCUAUAAUCCUCCCCCACAGCCCUACUCCAGUUCCCAGCCCUCCAGGGGCUGACACAGCUAUAGAAAUGCCGCCGAGGAAGUCUCCGCGGAAUCCCACGCAAGAGCCCCAGCUCCAUAAGAGUCUGGUCAUUCAGGGGCAGGGGCUCGAUGAGACACAGAGCCCUUUACAGCAAUCUCCUACGACAGAAACUGAGGAGACCGAUGACGGGCCAAAUCGGGCGAAGGGAGGGCCGUCGAAUCGAUCUCCUAUCCGGCCACCCAGUCCUCCUCUAGUCCCCGAUCUCCCCGGAGCCGAACCAGCCGGAGAAGAGCCGUCGGGACGGUUGGCCAUAUAUCCUCCGAAGAGCCAGACACGUGUAGCCCAGUUUCCCAAGUCAACCAUGUUUACAGACAAGCGCACGGAGAAUCAAGAACUCAGGCCCCAUCAGACGGAGGAUCCUAUACAGCAGGAACAUCUACAGGAUGAGGAAAACAGAAGUAGCAGCCGUUACAAGACACCUAGACUGCAGGAUAGUGGCCUACACGGCAGGUCCCGAGCCAGGUCCCACAGCAAGUCGCCUUCGUUCCAGAGUCCGAUUUCCCAGAACCGCCGAACUCAGCGUUCUCCGAUCGCUCCCCCAAGGCUCCCUACUCAGGUUCCCAGUCCUCCAGGAGACGAAACAGCUAGCGAGUCUUUGAGGCGAUCCCAAAUCUAUCCUCCGCGGAACCGGACACAAGAGUUUCUGCCCCGCGCAGGGUUUUCAUCCCUACGGACACAGGAGCGUUCGCUUAGUCAGCAAGAACCUCCUACGGAAGACACCCUCGGAGCCUAA